GUCAGGGCCUCAGCCUGCAGCAGCAGCAGCUCCCGACUUGCACACCCAAGAGAGGCUUGGAACAUCCCGGAGAAUCAUCGGCCUGGGAGGGCCUGAAGUUCCGGGACUCUGCCGGCAGGUGGCACCGUGUCUCUCACACUGCCGGUGGGAAUCUGGCGGAGAUGGGACUCGGGGCUACUGACCCCAGAGCUCCGACGGAAAACGAAAGCCGGCACCACUGGACCCGGAGGCGGAACGAACCAAGACUGGGAGGGGCGGGGGGGGAGGGCGAGAGGAAGGGCGGAGCCACGUUGCGCGGGCCGCCCAGCCUCGCGCUUCCCCCCCUCGCCCGGCUUCCGCGGGUGGUUUCUCCCAUGCGCCGCAUUCGCUCAGUGUCUCUCUCUCUCUCCGGUCUCUCUCCCGGUCCCCAGGCCGCGGGGGGGCCCUCGCCGCCGGCGCGCGCUCGUUCUUUGGCUCGUUCUCUCGCUGCCCGGCAGCCCUCCGAUCCGUCCCCGCCCGCCGCCGCCGGGAUGCUGUGGCUGCUGGUGGCGCUGGGGCUGGUGGCCGCCUACUUCUCGCUGCUGGACGGCUGGUACCUGGUGCGCGUGCCGUUAGCUGUGCUGCGCGCCCGCUUGCUGCAGCCGCCCGUGCGCGACCUGCUGGCGGAGCAGAGCUACGCGGGCCGCGUGCUCCCCUCCGACCUGGACCUGCUGCGGCAUAUGAAUAACGCGCGCUACCUCCGCGAGGCGGACGUGGCGCGCGCCGCGCACUUGGCACGCUGCGGGGUGCUAGGGGCCCUGCGCGCGCUCGGGGCGCACGCGGUGCUGGCCGCGUCCUGCGCGCGCUACCGCCGCUCGCUGCGCCUGCUGGAGCCCUUCGAGGUGCGCACCCGCCUGCUCGGCUGGGACGGCCGCGCCUUCUACCUGGAGUCCCGCUUCAUCAGCGGCCGCGACGGCUUCGUGUGCGCGCUGCUUCUCUUCCGCCAGCACGUGCUGGGCACCACGCCCGACCAGGUGGUGCAGUACCUGUGCAAGAGGAGGGUGGAGUCUCCUGAGCUCCCUGAGGACCUCCAGCACUGGAUUAACUACAACGAAGCCAGCAGCCAGAAACUCCGGGCGGAAUUUGGUCUCAGCAGCACCAAGGAUCAGUAACAGGCUGGCCCCUGCCCUCCCCCUGGCCCUUUCCUUGAGGAAGGAAUGCCAGGGUCCCUGUCACUAAUUUAUUUUCUACACGUUUGCACUUGUCCACUGGGGCUGGGAAUUCUCAGGGAAGGGAUGGAGGAGGGCAGGGAGGCUUCUGUCUAACUCCCUACCUGGGCAGGGCCAGAUUUGGGUGAACUGAGGAGAAAGGAAAGGUCAGUCGGGGCUGUCAUUCCCAUUUUACAGAAAUGGAAACUAAGGCCCAGCAGACUUGACCAGUUUCACAGCAAGUCACAGGCAGAACCACUGGCACCUGCGCCUCUCAAUUCCCAGCCCCAAGCUCUUUCUGUUACUCUAUCUAUGCCUUCUUUCCUUGAUUUCACUAUUUAUGCCUCCUAUGGGGCUUUAUUCUUGAAGUGAACAAGCUAACGGAAAAACCCCCUCACUGACUUGGGGUCAUGGGUUUGAAUCUCAGGCUCUUUCAUGAUCUCACUGUAUGACUGAGGAAAGUUCUUUCCUCUUUCUGGGCCUCUGUUUCCUUUUUCAUAGGAUUCAGAGAAUUCGGGGCUGGAAUAGACUGUGGAGACAAGUCUAGUCCAGUUGACCUUACAGAGGGGGAAACUGAGGCUCAGAGAAGGGCAAUGCCUCCUAUAAAAGUUAUGCAGGGAGUGAGUAGUAGAGCUAGCAGUCAGUGCCCCUUUGUUCUACACCAUGCUGAGAGAGUCCCGCUUGUAGGCUUCCGAGGCCCCUUCCCACCUCAGACACCCACGGAGUUGACUUUCCCAACCAGACAAGUCUUUUCGCUCUCUCUAGCCUGAGUGGGGGCCCAGAACUGCUGUGUGAGUCUCUCUUCGAGGAGCAGGGGAAGAAGUGAGAUGGGUGGGCAGCCACCUCACCCUGCCUUGCCCUGCCCUGCCCAGCUUUCUCCUCCGUCCCUCAGACACCUGAAUGUAGCGACCAGGUCUCUCUCCUCCACAGGCUCCCCUCCAAUAAGCACUUUAUGGAUGAGACUCUAUGUAAUCCACCACACUAGAUCCGUGUCAAGGCCUGUACAUUUCCACCCAUGCAUAUCCCCUCUUCCUUCCAGGGAGCCGAUGCUGGCAUGGGGUCAGCCAAAACUAGGAGAGGGCAGGGCCCAGCAGGGCCAGGGCUAAGCCCAGUGUCUUGCUUUUCUAACAGGAAGAGGGGAGCUGAGGGCCCAAGCAGAACUACUCGCUUCUGGUGUCCAGGCCUACCCUCCAGCACCACCACCUCUCCUUUCCUUGUGGCUGCCCCGACAGGUGCCCCGGGCAUCGUGCGUCCCAAGCUCUCUUUCUCCUCCAUUACCCCAACCGCUCUCAUCCCCAGUCUCAUAAAAGCUGCAGUCUUUGUGUUUUAUUUAAGAGAGAGAUAUUAAAAGAUUUUAAAACAAAACAUCCUUAGUAGCUGAUGUUCUCUUCAUUCUUGGAGUCUCCUUGUUUCUGAUCCUUAAAAGCACAUACAUAGAGCUAGACAAGUCUUUGCCCUCCCAAGGAGAUGGAAGCUUUUUUGGUCUCACCGUUCUCUCCUAUCUCAGUAGUUCUUGAAGGUCUUUCCUCCAUACCCUUGCUAUGAUAAAGGUAAUAGGGAUGUUUCCACUUUGCAGGUUGAAAGAACAGGAAAAAAAUCCCCCAGCAAUUAUGGGGCAGCUAGGUGGCACAGUAGAUAGAGUACUAGCCCUCAAGUCAGGAGGACCUGAGUUCAAAUGCAGCCUCAGACACUUAUUAGCUGUGUGAUCCUGAGUAAGUCAACCCCAAUUGCCUCAGGAAACCCCCCCCAAAAAAAAAACCAGGUUCAGAGCCACAGUGACUUCUGAGGGUCACCCAGGGGGUGGGGCAGCUCAGAGAGUGUCCAGCAUAGACUUCAGGUGUCUGCACAUGUAGAAAGCAGUUUGAUGUUAAGUGUACCUUCCUGUUAUACAAGAAAUGCUGGGAAUCUGGCAAAUCCUUAUGAGAAAUUACCUUGAGGCAAAUGCAUCACCUGCCUGGGAAUCUAUCUUUAGGCAUAUUGACUUUGAAUCAGUAGAGGAACUGAGGGGUAAAUUGGGGCAAAUUUUUUCACUUCAGUUGAACCCUCUGCCAAAGUUCUGCUGGUGUGCUAUGAGCUACAGUACACUCAGAGCUGGGAGAGAUGCAGAAUUUGGAGAGGUUGUGCUUGGCCUCUUAGAGACCCCAGUGUGGGAAGAUGACACCCACACAGGUAAUUUUGAUGCAUCAUAUUACAUAAAUACAUCAGAGGGACAAAGUGUUAUGUGAGAUCUAGGAGGGAAAGAGAUAUCAGAGAAGCCUUCCUGGAGGCGGCAACACUUGAAUGAGUCUGGAAUGCAAUACUAAGCAGUGUGAUACAGGGAUAGAGAGUCAGCCUCGGAGCCUGUAAGAGCAGGGUUCAAAUUCUGCCUCCCAUGGGCACUGCCUGGAUGACCAGGGCCAAGUCACAGCCCCAGGUUACUCCAUAAGGUUAGAGUUGAGUUCCUGAUAUAUAUCGUGGAGGGAGUUUCCAAACAUGAAAUCACAGAUCUGGACCAAAAUCAAGGAGUGUGGGUACAAAGGAGGUAAGACAAGGAGGCCAUUCUAGGCCUGGUCUGAUAAAAAGCAUGGAGACUUGAGAGAGCAGGGUGUGUUGGAGCAGAGUGCGACACAGGAGUGGGGAAACCACCAUACAGCAGGAUUAUUCCCUGACCCCAUACAGAACAUACAUUCUAGUGAUUGAGGCAAAUUCUGGAUUCCCGUUACUGGUGCCAGUCUUUCUUGUGCACACACCAAGUAGGUGCUUGAUAGUCUCUGAAUUGCCCCUCUCUCUGAAUAUCCCUCCCCUUCCUGACCCCCCAUCAAACCUCAGCUAUGUGUCUGGAUCACCUGAAAUUCAAGUCCCAGCUUUGAAACUGACCAGCUGUGUGACCCUAAGAAGUCACCGUUCCUUUAUCUAUAAAGGGGAAGUGCUGAUGUUCCCUGCAUUCUACCAGGGUCUGUGAGGGAAGGGCUUUGCAGACCCAUAACACCUCAUGCUUCAGCAAAUUGUGAAAUUUGGAAAGCAGAGGACCUAUAACUCCUUACUCUGCUGCUUGCUUACAGCCUUGGGGCAAAGGGAGGGAUUUAUUUCCUUCUUUCCUUUGGUCUUCAGUUAUCUGUCAAAUGGGAAUCAUAAACUCUUAUAUUUAGAUCUUGAAGGGACUAACAAGUCCCCCUACAUUGUAAACCUUAAAAUACUGUUGAAAUGAGAGUUGAUCUCAUUGGUGACUUUGGGAAAAAACCAACCAAACAAGACAAAAAAAAAAAAAACCCUGAAAACAACAGCCUUUUCAGCUCACUGUGGCUUUUAAAGCAAGUUCUUAAGAUGCAAUUGGUCUGGAGUUCUGGCAGAAGAUUCAUUUGGACACCGCCUCCCUCUCCAAAGUGAUUCUGAGCUGGGAUCAGCUGUCCUGGCACCUGACAGUGCUGGAAGGCCUUGAGAGCCCACCUUGGCACACGCCACCUCAUCUUCAUACAUGUGACUGUGAGCCUGACUCAGCUACAUGCCAGAGGAAUCUCCAUUUUAAGAUUGGCAGCAGGUUUUGGUGUGGGGCUCCAAGAACACCAGCAAAGGGACUCAGUGACUCAGGAUGAUUAGAGAUGGUGGACUUGAGGGUAGUCUUGUGAACACAGUGGGCCAGAAGACCUCCAGGGUGUUAGUGUGUCCCUUAGGAUGUCAGUUACCCAUUAGCCAUUUCUACCCACUGAAGGAGCACACAAGUUGGUAUCCUCUAAAACUCAGUUACUGGUGUUUGUUGUGUCUGACUCUCUGUGACCCCAUUUGGGGGCUUUAUUGGCAAAGAUCUUGGAGUGGUUUGCCAUUUCCUUCUCCAGCUCAUUUUACAAAUAAGGAAACUGAGGCAAACAGGGUUAAGAGACUUGCCCAGGGUAACACAGCUAGUAAGUGCCUGAGGCCAGAUUUGAACUGAGGAAGAUGAGUUUUCCAAACUCCAGGCCCAGCACUCCAUCCUCUGCACCACCCAACUCUCCAAAAAAGCUGUGUCCUGGGCCAAAACGUCUUUCAUCCCAUCCAGGUUAUGGUUUUGUUGCACAACCAACUCAAUUUCCCACAACUCUAAGAGGAAACAGUCCUAGAUUGGAAGUCAGGGAAUCUUGUGUUCAUGUAUAGGUGCUGUCGCUAAGUGGCCAAAUGACCUGGAGCAAAGGGUCAAAGAGAUGACAUCCUUUCUUGAGCUUCCCUGGGCCCCAGAUUUUUGCAAAUUGCAUGAUCUUGUGUACCUAUUUCAGGCUGGGCCCUAGGAAUAAGCACUGAAGAAAGUUAGCCUGGAGAAGAGAAGGCUAAGUGGUACUUCACAUUAGACUUCAAUUACUUGAAAAAGGGUGUUCAGGGAACCAGAGAUUAAAUUGUUUUGCUCAGCCCCAGAAGGCAGAUCCAGUAAGGGAGAGUUGGACACACUGGUAGAGGCUGGUGCAGGAAGCCAAGUUUCCUAAUUGCUCAGUCGGUUGGCCUCUAGGCUGCCUCAGGGUGUGGCAGAGUGGUCACCUAUAGGGGAUUUUCAAGAGAAGCUCUCGCCUCCUAGUAGAGUAGCUUCGACCAGGCACCCUUGGAUGCCCUUCCCAAUUUGUAGGUUCUAAUUCCACUAAUCUUAAUUCCAUUCAAAUUUCAAACUCUGGGAGGAAAGUGUCUGAUUUCAGGAAGCCGAAAAGAAAGAUUUCCUUCUCUGAGACUCUGGGUAUAACUUCAGUGUAAAAUGAGUCAGGCAAGGGAACAUCUAGACGGUGCAGUGGAGAAAGCACCAGCCCUGGAUUCAGGAGGACCUGAGUUUAAAUCCAGCCUCAGACAUUUGACAUUUACCAGCUGUGCGACCCUGGGCAAGUCAUUUAACCCUCAUUGCCCUGCCCCCCGAAAAAGAAAGAAAAUUAGUCAGGAAGUAAUUAAUAUUUUGAAAAUAUAUAGGGUUAUUUUUUUAACCCUUAAACAGUUGUGAAGGGUCUUUUUGCUUUAGUGAUCUGCAGCCAGCAUGCCAGCCUCUUCUAAUUCAAGGGACCUUUUCCUCCUCCCCCACCCCCAGAGCCUUCACCUUUCACCAGUAAGAUCCUAGAACCCCAAGACUUCUGGACUUGUUUGGGUCCCUGAACCUGCCUGUCAGGCCUCUCCAACCCCUGCUCAUCUGGAUGCCUAUCUAGAUAACUAGAUGCCCCAGUCUAGAAUGGUAAAUGCUCUCUGAUCUCCCUUUUCCCUUGUCUCCACAAGCUCCAGACCUUGAGUGUUUCUCUCCAGGUAAUCACAAGAGGAAAGACAACUUAAUUCAUAAACCUCCUAGAAAAAUUCUGCCCAAGUUCAGACUUGGACAUUCUGAACUUCUCCUUUCUAGAAUUUCCCAGAUAUUACUAUUGUGAUUGUGAUUGUUGUUAUUGUUAUUAUUAUGGACCUUAGCAAUAAUUUAUUUCAGCCUCAUUUAUUAUUUUUCUUUUAAAAUUAUGAAUGUAAGCAUCAAUAAACAUUUUGGUAGUCAAAGAACAAAGAAAGUUGUAUAUGGAAUGUAAACUGUUAGAAUUUGUUUUUUUAUAAGUGUAUAUUAAAUUUAACAAGAU